AUGACUUCCAAAAGGACUUUGAGCUUCAAUGAAAGGCACCAGCAAUUAGUAGAUAGAAACUACAAACAAAUGUUGCACAUUAAUGCUCUAAAAAGGAUAGAGACUCAAAUCAGGGACCAAAUUGUGCGGAAUAAAAAUGAUGAUCGAGCUGAUCACAAGAGAUUCCUCAGGAUAUUACAGGAUGAACAAUUUGAGUUGGAUGUGGAAGAGGCCAUUCAAAAGUCAGAAGAAAACAGAAGAUUGAAAGAACUCCAGUAUGAACAGGAAGAAAAACUGGCUGUGGAACUGGCAAAACUAAAACACGAAAGUCUGAAGGAUGAAAAGCUAAGGCAACAAGUAAAAGAAAACAGUAUUGAGAUCAGAGAAUUGGAGAAGAAAUUAAAAGCAGCUUACAUGAAUAAAGAAAGGGCAGCUCAGAUUGCUGAGAAGCAUGCCAUUAAAUAUGAAGAAAUGAAACGUGAUGCUGAAAUAGUGAAAACCAUGAUGGAAGAACAGGAGAGAGUAAUAAAGGAAGAGAAUGCUGCGGAAGAGAGACGAAAUAAAGUAAAAGCACAGUACUUUAUUGACUUAGAGAAACAACUUGAAGACCAAGAGAGAAAAAAGCAGGAAGCUUAUGAGCAGUUGCUGAAAGAGAAACUCAUGAUUGAUGAAAUUGUUAGGAAAAUCUAUGAAGAAGACCAAUUAGAAAGACAACACAGGUUAGAAAAAAUGAAUGCAACUCGGAGGUAUAUAGAAGAGUUUCAGAAAGAACAGGCUCUCUGGAGAGAAAAGAAACGUGAGGAAAUGGAAGAAGAAAACAGAAAAAUCAUAGAGUUUGCCAACUUGCAGCAACAAAGAGAAGAAGAUCGGAUGGCAAGAAUUCAAGAAAAUGAAGAAAAAAGGCUACAGCUUCAGAAUAUGAUGAUUCAGAAAUUGGGACAAAUGCUGCAGCAACGUGAAGAUUUGGAACAAGUGCGACAAGAAUUAUACCAAGAAGAGCAAGCUGAAAUACACAGGAGAAAAAUAAAUGAAGAAGCAGAAGAGAAGUUGAGAAAGCAAAAGGAGUUAAAGCAAAAUUUUAUAGAACAAAUGGCCUUGAAGGAACUAGUACAACAGGCUGCAAAAGAGGAAGAGGAGGAAUUUAGGAAAGCUAUGUUAGCUAAAUUUGCUGAGGAUGAUCGGAUAGAAUUAAUGAAUGCUCACAAACAAAGAAUGAAGCAACUAGAACACAGGAGGGCUGUGGAGAAACUUAUUGAAGAUCGUCGCAAUCAGUUCCUUGCAGACAAACAACAGGAACUGGAAGAAUGGCAGUUGCAGCAAAGUAGUCAAAGACGUAUUAAUGCAAUUAUUGAAGAAGAAAGACUAAAACUUCUCCAAGAACAUGCUACAAAAUUACUAGGAUAUCUCCCUAAAGGAGUAUUCAAAACAGAGGAUGAUAUUCAUAUGCUUGGUGAAGAGUUUAGGAAAGCAUAUCAGAAAAGGAGUGAAACUUGUGAAGAAAAGUGA